AUGGACGUGUGGGGCCCAGCCCGCGUCCGUGGACAGGGUCAGGAGCGCUACUUCCUGCUGGUGGUUGACGACUACUCGCGUUACACCACAGUCUUCCCCUUGCGCAGCAAGGGUGAGGUCACUGAGGUGUUGAUCGACUGGAUCCGCGCAGCUCGUCUCCAGCUUCGGAGGAGCUUUGGCUCUGACUUCCCUGUUUUGCGUCUGCACUCGGACAGAGGCGGAGAGUUCUCCUCUGGCCUCCUGAGUGCCUACUGUCGUGCGCGAGGCAUCCGUCAGACCUUCACGCUUCCGGACUCACCACAGCAGAAUGGGAUUGCUGAGCGCCGCAUUGGCAUGGUCAUGGACGUCGCUCGUACGUCCAUGAUGCAUGCGGCUGCUCCCCAUUUUCUGUGGCCGUUUGCGGUCAGGUACGCUGCGCACCAGAUCAACCUCCACCCCAGGGUCUCUCGACCGGAGACCUCCCCAGCCCUGCUGUGGACGGGGAAGGUUGGCGAUGCGUCGGCGUUCCGGGUCUGGGGAUCUCGGGCGUUUGUUCGCGACCUGUCUGCGGACAAGCUGUCCCCUCGUGCUUCUCCCUGCGUCUUCCUGGGGUUCCCCCCCGACGCCCCUGGGUGGCAGUUUUACCACCCCACCUCUCGACGUGUUCUGUCCUCCCAGGACGUCACGUUCGACGAGUCGGUACCCUACUACCGCCUCUUCCCUUACCGCACUCCGUCCCUCCCCCCACCCCCGCUCUUCUUGGUAGACGCGGUCGAGCCUGUCGAGGUCACUGGUGACUCUGGUGCUGCUGCGGGAGCUGAGCCUGGGGGUGCGGAGUCUGGGGGUGCUGAGCCUGGGGGUGCUGAGCCUGGGGGUGCUGAGCCUGGAGGUGCCGAGCCUGGGGGUACUGUGCCUGGGGGUGCUGUGCCUAGGGGUGCUGAGCCUGGGGGUGCUGCGCCUGGGGGUGCUGUGCCUGGGGGUGCUGAGCCUGGAGGUGCCGAGCCUGGGGGUGCUGUGCCUGGGGGUGCUGAGCCUGGGGGUGCUGAGCCUGGGGGUGCUGUGCCUGGGGGUGCUUCGUCUCGCCGGGAGCCACUCUCCCCACAGGAGCUGCGUGAGUGGUUUGCCAGGCGCUGGAGGCGUGCUGCUGGUGCUGGUGGUUCUUCGGCUACAGAGGGUACUGCUGCCGCGCGUCCCGCCGGUGCUCGUACUGUGGGUGCUGGAGCUGCUGGGUCUGAGAGUUCUCCUGGAGCUGGUACUGCUGAGGGUGUUGGCGCUGAGCCUGCCGUUGGCGGUCCGACUGACAGUGCUCCUGGUGCUGCUGCUGGAGGUUCUGGAGCUUCUGGUGGUGCUGCUGGAGGUGCUGCUGGAGUGGGUGCUCCUGCCGGGGCUGCUGGUGCUGUUCCUGCUGUUUCUAGUGUCGCCGCGCGGCCCCGACCGUACUUCGUUCCGCUCCUGCAGCAGGUUCUUGGUCUUACACCUCCUCCUCCUCCUCCCUUAGAGGGUCCGCAGCCUGUCCGGUCACAGCCACAGCUACAGCCUGCCUCCCCUUUGCCUGCUCCUUCUCCCUACGCUGGUCCGACUGGAGGUCUUACUGAGCGUCGUGAGCCUGCGUCUCGUUCUGUGUCGCCUGUUCGUACUGAGCGCGCUAGUGGUCGCGGGUCGCGUCAGCGUCCUCCUCCUGUCCCUGGCACGCACCGGAUGUCACUGCGUCCGUCCACUGCUCCUCUGCGUGCCCCUUUGCCUUCUCCUCCUGCUUCCUCUCUUCCUGCUCUUGCCGACCCGGAGUCGGACUCUCUUCGUGCUGCCAGUCCUACUGUCACGCGUCUCCUUGCUACUGCUGUCACUGACCCUUCCUUCGAGUCGUCUGCUGCGUCUGCCCUUGUCACUGAGCUUGUCGACUUUGCUGCGCGCUGUCGUCUAGACUACGCUGCUCGUCUUGUCACUGAGUCUGAGUCCGCCUGUCCUCCGUCCGUCGGGGGUGAGUGUGCCCUUGGCACGGACGUCCUUGAGGACAGGCAGGAGGAGUUCCAGUGUCUGGCCGCCGCUUCACCUCGUCUCGCGUCUGUACUGCUAGCCCCUGAGGGAGACCCGGAUGCACCAGACAUCCCGACUCCGCGCUCUUACGCGGAGGCGAUAGAGGGUCCCUACUCCUCUCAGUGGCAGGCAGCUAUGGAUGCAGAGAUGGCUUCCUGGAAGUCCACAGGCACCUACGUUGACGGUGUUCCCCCUCCUGGGGCGAACAUCGUCAGUGGCAUGUGGAUUUUCAGGGUGAAGCGGCCGCCGGGUUCUCCGCCUGUCUUCAAGGCGCGUUACGUGGCUCGUGGCUUCAGUCAGCGGCAGGGGGUUGACUACUUUCAGACCUUCUCCCCCACCCCGAAGAUGACCACUCUUCGGGUCCUGCUGCACGUUGCUGCUCACCGUGACUACGAGCUGCACUCUCUCGACUUCAGCACAGCUUUCUUGCAGGGCAGCCUGCACGAGGAGAUCUGGCUGCGUCGCCCACCUGGCUUCACUGGGUCUUUCCCUCCUGGUACCCAGUGGAGUCUCCGGCGUCCAGUCUACGGUCUCCGCCAGGCGCCACGUGAGUGGCACGACACACUGAGGACUACGCUCGCGGCACUUGGGUUUGCUCCUUCUACUGCCGACCCGUCGCUGUUUCUGCGCACCGACACCUUUCUGCCGCCGUUCUACAUCCUCGUGUACGUCGACGACUUGGUCUUUGCCACAGCUGACACUGCUGGACUCGCCUACGUGAAGUCCGAGCUGCAGAAGAGACACACGUGCACUGACCUGGGUGAACUGCGCAGCUACCUUGGCUUGCAGAUCACCCGGGACAGAGCACGCCGCACCAUUACCCUGACUCAGUCACACAUGGUGCAGCAGGUCCUUCAGCGCUUCGGCUUCACGUACUCCUCGCCUCAGGCCACUCCUCUGCCUACUCGCCACUCGCUCUCAGCUCUGCCUUCGGAUGAGUCCGUAGAGUCGAGUGGCCCGUUUGCAGAGCUUGUUGGCUGCCUCAUGUACCUGAUGACCUGCACACGACCUGACCUCGCAUACCCUCUUAGCAUUCUCGCACGCUUUGUUGCUCCUGGGAGACACCGACCAGAGCACAUGGCUGCAGCGAAGAGGGUGUUGCGCUACUUGUGCAGUACGUCGGGCAUGGGGCUAGUGCUUGGAGGGCGCAGUCCAGUGGUCCUCACUGGGCACGCAGACGCUUCUUGGGCUGACGACCAGGCUACGCAGCGGUCGUCACAGGGUUACACCUUCAGCCUUGGUUCCGGCUCUGUCUCGUGGCGGGCUACCCGCUCGUCUUCUGUUCUCGGCUCGAGUUGUGAGGCUGAGAUCUACGCUGGGGCUAUGGCUGCACAGGAGUUACGCUGGCUCACCUACCUGCUGACCGACCUUGGAGAGCAGCCUCGUUCUCCUCCAGUCCUGUACGUAGACAACAAGGCCAUGCUGGCCUUGUGUCGAGAGCAGCGACUGGAGCACAGAACGAAGCACAUUGCUCUCCGCUACUUUCUUGCUCGUGAGCUACAGCAGCGUGGACAGUUGCGACUUGCGUACGUGGCCUCUGAGGCCAACACUGCUGAUGUCUUCACCAAGGCACUUGCGCCUUGUGAUCAUCAGCGUUGUUGCACGCAGUUGGGUCUUGUGCCUGUCUUGCCUCACUUGCUCUCCUCUUGA